AUGGAAAAACUUUUUUCCCCCCACUUUAGGGAUACGCCGAUGGAUUAUGAUGACAAUGAUUGUCAAGGCCAGAAUCUUCACUUAGCUGGUGAAGGGAGCUCAAAAUUUUCUCCUGUUUUGCGUCCAUACUCCCUUCCCAAGUUUGAUUUUGAUGACAGCCUCCAGGGGCACCUAAGGUUUGACAGUUUGGUUGAAAACGAGGUUUUUCUUGGUAUUCCGGGCCAAGAAGACAAUCAGUGGAUUGAGGAUUUUUCUCGGGGCAGUAGUGGAAUAGAGUUCGGUUCAAGCGCUGCCGAAUCUUGCUCCAUUUCCAGGCGUAAGAAUGUGUGGUCUGAGGCAACAUCAUUAGAAUCUGUUGAAAUGUUGUUAAAAUCUGUUGGGCAGGAAGAGGUGGCACCUGGAGAAACUGCAAUUGAGGAAUCAGAUGCAGGCGAUAAACUGGGUAGCGUAACCAAGCAAAUGGAGCCGAAUUUGAAGCUUGAUGAUGAAAUGGAAGAUGUUACAGAUCCACACCCUGCAGUGCCACCAGAUGAGUUUGUGGAAAACUUUUCUGGAGUGAAUGAGAGUGCUGGAUACAAGGGGCCAGUUGUUAAAUGUACUUCACAGACUCAAGAGGCUGAGCUGUCUGCUUAUGGAAUUUCGAGUGAUUUGGAUCCAAACACUGUUAGGGAGAAGGGUGGUUUAUUUGUGACUCACGAGAAUUUGGGAAUUGAUAGGAAUUGUGACGAUGCAAUGCAAAACAAAAUUGAUACUAUAACGCAAGAGGAUUCUGGGAUGCAAACAACUAACGGGGACUCCUCGUCAGAGAAUGUUGUUGCAAUCACCGUGAAGUUGAGCAAUCAGGAAAUCCCACAUCAGGUAAGUGAUUCUAUUUUGGUAAACACAAUAGAUUUUUCAAAGGAGACUGAUGAGGGAGUGGAGGAAGACUGUGUUCCUAGCAAAGCAGUCAAUAUGGAUGAUCAAAUUUUGGGAGGACCUGCUGUUGGAUCUUGUCCAGACAACUUGAAUGGUCCUACCUGUGUUGCUUUGAAGGUGCUAUCUGUAGAAGAACAUGCAGUCGAAACUAGUAUCACUAACUUGGAUGAACCUUCUAUGGUACGAGAGUGGCGUGAUGACAUCAAGACAGCUGAAGAUUGCAAUGAGGCUGUAUUUUCCAAAGGCUCUGUUGAGGGCAGUAGACAUGAAAUAUUUUUUCUCUCUGAUGGCAAGGAAAGUAGUCGGCAGUUCAAAAGCAAUGUUCAUGGGGAAUCCUCUGUAGUGUCGCCAAGGAGAUGGGUUGAUGAUGGGUUCGGCUGUGGACAUAAUGCAUGGACACAGCAGGCCAUUUGA